GUAUAAAGGUACUCCAAAAGUUGAAGGAUUAGCAUUUGGUCCAAAAUGUGAAACAGGAGAUCGAAUGGGAUGUGGUAUUAAAUUUGAACUUUUACCAACACAAGAUAAUCAAAGACCAUUAGUUCCAGUUUUUUUCACAAGAAAUGGAAGAGAGAUUGGAAUUACUCGUUUUCUAUGGCCUCCAGGAGGUCUUUUUCCAGCUGUUAGUCUUCGUUCUCUGGGUGAAGAAGUAAGAUUAACAUUAGAUAUUAAAUGGAUUCCAGAAGAAGACAUGCUUAUGUGUAUAGAUAGCAAUGAAGAAGAUUGGUCAAGACUACAUGAUAUCCGUUUAAAUGGUUCAAUUUUAGAAUAUGGAGGUCGUGGAAAAAGUAUAAUAGAUGUUGGAUUAGCUCAAGCUAGAUACCCAUUAGACACUACUUCACAUUAUUUUGAAAUAGAAAUCAUGAAUCCUGGUGAAAACUGUUACAUAGCAAUUGGAUUAGCAAGGAGGGAUAUGUUGAAUGAGUUCAGUAACCUCUAUGUUCUAGAGAAUGAUGGGAAAAUAUUUGUUGGAAGUGGAGUUGGAGAUCCUUUUGGACCAUGUUGUCAUAAAGGAGACAUUAUGGGAUGUGGAAUUAUUUUUCCUAGAGAUUAUAUUUGUAAUUAUGAUAAUGGUAGUUCUCAUGAAAUGACUCCUUCUCCAAGUGAUGAACCAGAUGAUGAUUAUGAUGCUUCACAAAGUGAAUCAGAAGAUGAAGAAUGGUGGAAAGAGAAAAAUAAUGUAGAAAAUGAUACAAUGGUGCAAGUAUUUUUUACUAGAAAUGGCAAAACAAUUGGUCAGAAAGAAGUGUGUAUACCAAAAGGAGGAUUUUAUCCAACAGUUGGAAUGUUGAGUAUUUCUGAAAAAGUUAAAGUUGAUCUUCAUCCUUUAACUGGUUGAAAAAGUUGAAAUAUCUGUUAUUGGUAUGUUCAGCCAUCCACUUCAUAUGGUGCUGUUCAUGUUUGUUUGGAUUGGUAAAAUUUUCCAUAUCAUGUCAACAUCUGUCAAUGUUCUGAGGUUUACAAAUUUGUUUUUGUUUCAAUGAAUUUACAAAUUCAUAAAACAGAUAAUAAUUUAAAUAAUAGAUAACAUAUAGAAUUUGAACUGCUGCCAUUUUAAUUCCACAAACAAAAUCUGAAGUUAUAUUUUAUAAUAUAUUAUUUAAAAGUUUUUUGUAGAAAUUGGAAAAAUCCAAUGUGGAAUUUGACAAAAUUGAUUUUUUUUUUGCUAACAUGUUAUUCAAAAAGAAAGCUUAAAUUUCAUUACUGAGAUUUUUGAGCUGUUGCAUAAACGAUUUUGUUAAAUUUCAGCUGUGAAUCAAUAUAUCAGUUAUUUGUUAUAAGAAAUUCAUUUUUUAAAUUUAUAAUAAUGAAUUUCUUGUAACAAAGAUUUAUUUAUUUAUUUAUUUUUUAUAAGUGUUAAUAAAUAUAGCCAUAAAUUUUGGGGAUAUGUGAAGUUUUGAAUGAUAGUAUGUUGUAAUAAUGUUUUUAUCAAUAUUCUUUCAGACUUUACAUUUCAAACGUUAUCUUUUAAAACAGUUGAAAUGUUUAAAAUUUUUAUAAAUUUCAAGUUAGGUGCCAAAGAUUCUUAUUAUUCAGAAGGGCAUAAGUGUAUGAGAAUAUAAUUUUACUUUUUAUGGCUUAAUUCUUAAUUUUUUAAAUUCUUCCAUAAGUAUGGUACUUAAAAGACAGUUGAAUGUAUGCAUAAUGCCCAAAUUUGAAUAUUUGCAGAACAGGUUCUCAUAUGUUGUCUAAUUGUGAUAUUAUGCAAAUGACUGUAAAUAUGGUAAUAACUUGGAAUAAUGCCUAUCAUAGUCAUAUAUUAGAUUGUCAUUUUUUAUAGAAAUAUGUCAUUUAAACAUUCAUUGUGAUAUACAAUAAAGUUAUAUUGAUACUUUAGCAUAGAUCUAAAACAUAACAAUAAAAAUAUCAGAUGUUCUCAUAAAUAAAUUUACUAAAUGUAGUAAUGAUGCAGCUCCAUUAUCAUCUUGGCAGCAAUAUUUUGUUUAUGAAUCAUGCCAAUGAAUUCCAGUUUGUAUACCCAAUUGGAUUUAUUUGAAAUGUCCAUGUGUAGAAAUGUGUAUAUAUAAAAAAUGACAGAUAUAAGUGUUCCUAUAUUUCUUCCUAUUUUAUAAAUCAGUUCUCUAGGACAAAAUAGAUUUCUUAGGAUUUUAGUAGAGAUGUUUUAUAUGGAUCAGAUUACAGUAUAUACAAAAUAGAAUGCAAGAAAUUGAUUUGGAACACUUCAUAGGUUUUAGGGUGUUAACAAUACUUUGUUAUCAAUUGAUCUGUGUAUGAAAUGGUAUUAGUUUUCAUAUUAUUGUUAGUUAUAAAAUACUUUUUCAGUAAAAAAUCAAGUGGAAAUACUCAGUAAUAACUUAUUAAUAUUUAUAAUUGAAAUACCUGUAUAGGGUUUAUUUUGAAGGGCAUUAUUGUCUACUUUAUUCACAAUCAACACCAGAGUUUUAAUUCUCAGAUAUUGCUUAUACUCUUAAGAGUUUUAUUCUAGAAGAUUUCAGCAAUAGAAAUUUGUGCAAUGUAAAUAAUAAAAGUUAUUAUCCACUUGACUGACAAUUACGAUACCUUGCAGAUUGAUGUAGUAAAUUGAAGUACAAAGCACUAUUAUUUAUUUAUGUAAAAAGUAAGGCAUUAAUAUUAAAAUAUUGUAUGGCUGUUGACUGAAUUUUGUUAUAUAGUACAUGUAUAUUAUUGUAUAAAUAUUUCAGACUGUUAUUUCUUAAACUUUUAUAAUUUUUCCUAUCAUAAAAAAAAAUCAUUCACUUAAUCUAAAUUUGAAAAAGUCAAAAAAUCACCAUCAAUAAUAUAU